AUGGCCAGCAUGAACAGUCUUCGCACGGCCUUCUCGCACAGCCUCAAGGGCAAGUCGCGCCUCGACGGCGUCCUGGCGGGCGUCGCCGCACCUCGCUACCUGAGCACCUCUGGCGCCUUUGCCGCGCCAUCUGCAGGCCCAUCCUCGCAGACUGCGAUCGCCUCGUCGUCUACGUCCACCGGCCCCUCUCUCUCGUCGGGCCCGCUUCCGAGCGAACCCAUCAGCGCGACGGCAGAGGCCCUCGAGCUGCUGCGCACUCAGCCCAACCACUAUGUUGUGGCGUCCAUCACCGGCCGCACCUUCCUCCUCGCCGCCAGCGACCUCGUCACCGUGCCCCGCCUCAAGGACGUAGAGGUCGGAGACGUCCUCGAGCUCGACCGGAUCCACGAGGUCGGCUCGCGCGACUACACCCUCCGCGCCCAGGAUCCUAUGCACUGCCGUUCCCGCGGCCCCAGCGCAUUGAUGCGCAGGUCGGUCCUCACCGGCCCCAACUCGUACAUCUCGUCCUCGUCCUCGCACGCGACGCAACCAACAUCAUCAGCGACAGCAGCGGCACCACCACCAGCAGCGGCGGGGGCAGCGGCAGGGACGACGCAAUCGAGCAUCGCAGACCAGGUCCGAGCCGUGUCCAGCUCGUGGGCCACCCGCCUCCACCCGGCGGGCCUGGCCCACAUCGGCGCCACCCUCGACCCCACGGCGGUACGGGUGCGCGCCGUCGUCGUCGAACACACAAAGGGCGCCAUGGAGCGCAUCCUCAAAAAGAAGCGGAGGAAGGGCUACAAGAAGACCAUCGAGCACAAGCAGCCCUACACCCGCAUCCGCAUCGAGCGCAUCGAGAUCGCGCCCCGCAACGCCUCGUAG